GGUGACGCCACCGAUCACGUGACGGCCAGCUCCUAGCGGGCAUGCGCAUCACUCCCUUGCUCGGACGGGGCAGCUGUCUAUUGUUUGUCCGGAUUUGUGGGUUGUGAAGAUGUCAGGAUUUUUAGAUAACAUCAGAUGUCCAGAAUGUGAAUGUAUUGACUGGAGUGAAAAACGAAAUGCCAUUGCAUCCAUAGCUGCUGGUGUGUUGUUUUUCACAGGCUGGUGGAUUAUUAUUGAUGCUGCUGUGAAGUACCCUGAGAUGGAAAGAUUCAACCACUCCUACCACACCUGCGGUGUUAUAGCAACCCUCGCAUUUCUCAUGAUAAAUGCUGUUUCAAAUGGACAAGUUCGGGGUGAUGGCUACAGUGAAGGUUGUAUGGGCCAGACAGGGGCUCGAAUCUGGCUGUUCAUUGGAUUCAUGUUGGCAUUUGGAUCUCUUAUUGCAUCAAUGUGGAUUCUUUUUGGAGGUUACGUAGUCCCACAAAAGCCUGAUGUUUACCCUGGUAUAGCUGUCUUCUUCCAAAAUGCAUUUAUCUUCUUUGGAGGUCUGGUCUUCAAGUUUGGGCGCACAGAGGAUCUGUGGCAGUAAAUGUCCAAGAAAUGCAGUAUAUUUGAACACUCUCAUUAUCCUGUAGCAGUCUUCCUACAUUUGUUUGAAUUUUCUUUAUCACUGAGUUUACAUGUCAUAAUGCUACAAUUUACCCUUAAAUUUGUCACUAGUAUUUGACUUUGUAAUAGAUAUAUAGCUUGCUUUUAAAGGUGCACUAUCAGAAUGAAUGAUAUAAUUGAAAUGUGAAGUUGGAACAGAAUUCAGAAUUAUUGCAGAUUGAAGCAGGGCAUGAACUUUUAAUAAGGAUACAAAUUUCCUGGCAAAGCUUAAAUGGUGAGGCGCAGCACAGUGCAAACUGGUUUUCAUAGCAACCCUCUGCUGCAGUCUUUAAUAUAUUCCUCGGAAGUCAUUGUUCCUAAUUUCUUAUUGCCCAUUACACCAUUGCAACUUAAGGAAGCAAUGAAGGUCCUCCAUCUCUCUCUGUCCUUGGAAUUUGCACAGAUGUAAAAGGAUUCUUCAUUGCCGUUUUUCUAACAGCUUUGUUUGACUAAACAGGGUUGUUAACCCUGCGUUGAACCCCCGAACCUGGAGGACCAGUGGAUCACUCAGUCUGGCCUCCGCCCUUGACCUGUUUGGUGUGGGUGACCCUACCAAGAGCCAAGGCACAAGGCCUUGAUUCUCGCCAGCAUAGCUCUCCAGGUCAUUGAGGCACGCAAGCUUCCAAACCACAACGAGGUUGUGGCCCUCGUGGAGGAUUGUUCCUAAUAGUUUCAUAGAAGUUGGUAGAGGUGUGACCAUGGAUAUGUUACAAAGCUGCUUGACAAUUGGGAAUGUCUGACGGAGCUGCUUUGCAAUUUUGACUAUAUUGAUUGGAGAGCAGGCCCCAGACUCAGUAAAAUGGAGAUGAGCAGAGAUAACAUGGUGGCAACCUAGUUGAGAAUCAUACAUGUCAUGAAAGAAGCUGUUGUUCAACUUGCACUGGAAUUUCUUGAUUUAUCAGAUGUCACAAGAAAACAUCAUGAAUUCAGGUAGUGUCUAUUUCUAACUGUUUCAAAUUGGGGAGAGUUUCAAUUCUUCACAAAAGUUGGAGAAAAUCAAAGGUCUGAACUUGGUUGUACAACAUAAUAUUUUCCUCCUAAUUUUUGGACUGGAAAACAACUUUAUGAUAUGUGUCAUUUUGUAACAUCAGAGACUUCCAGGAAAUUCCUGCCCAACAUAUUACAGGCAGUGUGGUAGCAUAGUGGUUAACACAAUGCUUUACAGUGCCAGCAACCCAAGUUCAAUUCCCAGCACUGCCUGUAAAGAGUUUGUAUGUUCUCCCGGUGAUCUCGUAAGUUUCCUCCGGAUGCUCGUUUCCUCCCACAAUCCAAAGACAGACUAGUUAUUAGGUCAAUUGGUCAUUGUAAAUUGUCUUGUGAUUAGACUAAAACUGGGGGUUGCUGGCUGGUGUAGCUCGACAGGCAGGAAGAGUUUAUUCUGCGCUGUAUCUCGAUAAACAAAUGCAAAAAAAAACUUCUGUAUAUAAAAAGGUAACUAAUUUGUACUGCACCUUGCAUGAUGAUUUAGUGCUUUGCCAUGAAACAUAUUUGCAAUCAGUCGCCAUUGUAAGUUUAUCCACUGAUCAUGAUUCCAUAAAUAACGAGUGAAAUUUUUGCAGUUUUCAGCUUAAACUCGUGUUGCAACUAUGAUGUGCUGAUUAUCACAUCACGUUUGAUAUUUCAAAGAUAUCAUGCUUUGUAGAGAAUCUUCAUUAACUUUUAGAUCUUGUCUAAUCUCAUUCUCCCCCAUUUCAAAUUGCUGAAAUCCAUUUAUGAAUUCAGUAUAAAGCAAACAGCAACAGGAAAUUUGGUUAAGUAACAAUGAUUAUCUGAUUUGACGGAGAUGUAUUUGGUUUUCUAUUACAGUCAUGUACACUUCUAUUCUCUAAAAUUAAUAUUCUUGCCACUGAUUGUAAGGAGGUUGUACGUUCUCCCCGUGACUCUGUGGGUUUCCUCUGGGUGCUCUGGUUUCCUCCCACAUUCCAAAGAUCUACUGUUUGGUAGGUUAAUUGAUCAUUGUAAACUGUCCCGUAAUUAGGCUAGGGUUAAGUCGGGGAUUGCCAGGUGGUGUGUGGCUUGAAGGGCCGGAAGGACUGAUUCUACGCUGUAUCUCAAAUAAAUCGAUAAUAAAUAGGUAUUGAGGACAUCACUGCAGAUUGAAUAAGCAGUAUUGACAUCCUUCAAAUGGAUUAAGCAAGAUUUGCGGGUCCUAUCCACUGUUAGCUGUGAUGGGAAGAAAGAUUCUAAGUACUUAGCAGGUGGGGCAACAUCAGUGGCGACGGAAAUGAGACCAAAUUUGAGCCUCAGGGCCCCUUUUUGUUUCCUCUUUCCAGCACCUGCACUUUUUAAAAAAAAUUGCUCCAUUUAACUAUGAUCCUGAUUCCGCAAUGUGUAGAGAGUUGAUUAUUCAUUUUGCUCUCCUCUUCAGUUUUACAUUUUAAAAAUUACUGCAAAAGAUUAGCAAUGCUGCUUUUUUGUAUAUUCCUCUUCUGUACAUAAUUUAGUUUUGCACAUAAAUGCAAUGCAAACUUAAGUUUAAUGCAAUGAUCUUUCUAUUGGCAAGUUAUCAUGAAGCUGAAUUAUGUCUUUUAAUGACUUGCUAUUUUGUGUAAUAUUUAAUUUGUGAUGUAUACAUGCUAUGUAACAGUUACUGAGUAUUGUUAAAAUCAGUUUAAUUAAAGCCAAAUUUCAA